GAGAGGGAGAGACACACACACACAGAGAGAGAGAGAGAGAGAGGGAGGGAGGGAAGGAGAGAGAGAGAAAAAAUUUUUAAAAAAGGAAAGGAAAGGGACGGAAAGUAACUUGCACAGAUUUCGCAACCCUGCGGGGAGGGGAGAAAAUAUGUACAUGUUUCAAAGCUGGGGAGGGCGUCUGUCCCAGUCAAGGCCACGGUAGGAUAAAAGCACCGACUGGCUCUCGAGCUGCAAGACAUCAGAACAUGCCUGAGUCGGGACGCGCACUUGGCCUCCUCCUCACCAAUGUCAAGGCGCUGGGUUUAAGGUAGCCGCUGACCCAUCCAUCCGAAUCCCGAGAGGACUUUGCUAUGAGUUCCCCAGUUGCGUGGCUUCUGAUUCUUUGCCUGCCCGGUGGUCUCCUGGCCCAGACUCCGCCAAGAGAGAAGAGCAACCAGGAUGAUUAGGGGACUGGAGACUAAAACAUAUGAAGAACAGUUACAGGAACUGGGCCUGGCUAGUCUAGUGAAGAGAAGGACCAGGGGAGACAGGAUAGCAGCCUUCCAAUAUCUGAGGGGCUGCCCCAGAGAGGAGGAAGGGGGUCAAGCUAUUUUCCAAGGCACCUGAAGGGAUGGAAACUGAUCAAGGAAAGAGUCAACCUGGAAAUAAGGAGACAUUUUCUGACAGUGAGAAACAAUCAACCCAUGGAACAGAAGUUGCCUUCGGAAAUUGUGGGAGCUUCAUCGCUGGAGGCUUUCAAGAAGAGACUGGACUGCCAUCUGUCAGAAAUGAUUUGGCUGAUGUUUAACGACUUCUGGACAGGCGUCUUCCAAUUGGGGCAGGGAAUUGAUCCAGGUCUUCAACCCAUCCUUCCUGAUUUGGAGGGGGAUCUCCUCUUCCUCUUAGACAGCUCGGGCAGCGUCUCCUCCUACGAGUUCUCCAGGAUCAAGGAGUUCAUUGCUGAACUGCUUCUCCCGUUUACCUUUGGACCUCACGAUGUCCAGGCCGGCAUUGUCCACAUCAGUACCACGCCCAUCCUGGAGUUCCCCUUUGACCGGCAUUUCUCCACCGGGGCCAUCCAACAUGCCAUCCGCAACAUCCAGCAGGUGAUGGGGGACACCAAUACCGGCCAAACCAUUUCCUUCGCCAAGGAGAAGCUCUUCACCGUGGAAGCCGGGGCCCGUCCCAGCGUCCCCAAAGUGCUGGUGUGGGUGACCGAUGGCUUCUCCAAGGACGACGUCGCCCAGCCCAUGCAGCUUCUGAAAGACAUGGGGGUCACCGUCUUCAUUGUCAGCACGGGGAGGGGCAAUUACUUGGAGCUCUCGGCUGCUGCCAGCCAACCGCCGGAGAAACAUCUCCACUUUGUCGAUGUGGAUGAUCUGGGCCUCAUCACCAAGGAGUUGCAGGAUUCCAUUGCAGCCAUCAUCCAAGCUAAGCGUCUGAAAGCCACAGACGUCUCCGCAAGCAGCUUCCGUCUCAUGUGGCCCCAGCUUCUGACGCGGGACACCGGCUACUACAUUUUGGAGUAUGCCCCGAGUGGCGAACCCCGGCGGAAAGUGUCCGAACAACUCACCGGCGACCAUACUGGCAUUGUGGUGGCACAGUUAGCCUCGCAAACCACUUAUGAGGUUGUCCUCAUCCCAGAAUCCAACGAGAAAUACAUCCCGCCACAAACUACCAGGGUCACCACUCUGGAAGAUGUGGUCAGCCCAGCCCAGAUUCUUAUCUCGGAGUCCAAACCCCACAGCAUCCGGGUCAGCUGGUCUCCCAUCCUAGAGAGUGUGGCUGCCUAUCAAGUCAUGUACGGUCCCCUGAACGACAACUUAGUCCAGCUGCAAGAGGUGGACGGGAGGCUCAACAGCACCGUCCUGGAAAACCUCCUGGCCAACACCAGCUACUUGGUGACAGUGUCUGCCAUUUAUAAGUCUGGCAAGGAGAAAGCCCUCUCGGCCAAAGCCUGCACACGGGAAGAAUACUCCAAAAUAAAGCACCUCCAUUUUGAAGAUCUGAGCCCCAGCUCUGUAAAGGCCUCCUGGGAUCCAGCAGGAGGAGACGUGUUGGGUUACCGUGUUCGCUGUCGGCGGCAAGCCGGCCCUUCGACCCUCCUCAGCGUCUCGCCACAGAUCCACAGCGUUCUGCUGUCAGAUCUGACCCCCGGCAGCAACAACGAAGUGUGCGUGAAGCCUGUGUACAGAACCCAUCCUGGGAAAGGACUGUGUCGGAUGAUCCAUCAGCAGCCUGCUUCAACCGCAGGUGGCUACUACCGGCACCGGCAGAGAGUGUGAGAGUUUGUGAGCGAGUUUUGUGGGCCAGAAGACAAGGACAAGCCUGGCACAAUGGUAUCAAGACACCAGGAUGAGGGAGGUUGAAGCCCCAACCGUUUCAACUCCCGGCUACCCACCCUGUUCUGACUUGCGUACAAAUGCCCCCACAAUUUGGUUCGGUUACAGAAAACAGCUUCACAGGGAUAUUGGAUGUUGUAAAGAGUCGUUGCUCACUGACUUUCCUUUCCUUUCCUUGGAAUACCAGCGAAAAGACUCGAGUCUUGCUUCUUUCGCGUUGUUAUUUAUUUGUGUUUUCUAUGAAAUGGGAGGGAGGAGAGAAAGCGCCCCACCCAAAAUAUAUAUAUAUUGGUUCCUUUCUCACAUGCAAGCGAGAACAUUCACCUUCUAAUCUGCAUUCUGAAUUCUAAGAACGUCCUUCUGCUUCAAAAGCUAUUGCAGUUCGAUUGGGAAAGUGGGGGGGGGGGAAGGAAUUAGAAGCACAAGGCAGAUCCCAAAUGAUUCCUUGGUUAUUGUCCAAGGUGGCGGCUCAAAAAUCUUAGCGGUUGAACACUGUCGUCAUCUUAAAUUAAUCACCUAUAAUAGAAUUCCGAAGACUUCCUUGAGGCUGAGGGAGAGCCCAGAGCAAAACCCACUGGCCACUGAUAUUUCCUGUUUUAUUUAUGCGCAUUUGCUCUGUCCUUGGAAGGAAAUAAUUUUAAGACUGCCGGGAUGUAAAACUCUUCUUCAGCCUGAGUGUCGCAUUAACUUUUUGAGUAGUGGGCCAGGAGCCACAUUCCAAGAAAUAGGUGGACCAGAACCACGGAUUUGGCAAUGGCAGGAUGCAAUAUGUGACCGAAUAAAAUUGAGAGGUACGGUUACUGAACAAGUAAACUAGUAGGCCAAUGAACUUGCUUAAUCCCAGUCUACUUUGGGUGGCAUCAAAAAUUUCAUUUGUUGCGGGGUGGGUCGGAAAUGUAACCAUUUAGAGAAGUAAAGUGGAGCGCCUCUGCCAUAGAUACUAGGGGGCAGCAGAGACAAUGACCUAGUAAACAGAGAUAAAGACAGGUAUCAAAGGAUAGCUAAGAUGCUCAGAAAUAAUUUUGAGAACAAGGUAAUAUAUAUUGUGCAGGGAGCAUUACACGUGGCUGGAUCCAUCGGUGACUGCCUGAAUUGAACUGUGGCCUAGGCAGCAGAAAUAAUUGCACUUUUCUGGAAAUGUGAGAGAGGUGGCAGGGCCGCCUCAAACCUGUCACAUGUUCGGUGCAGAAGACACAUAACCUGAAGCACUUUGGGAAAAAGUAGUUUGCAAAUUACCCUAAUCUGACCAGUUUAUACAGCACUGCCAGACAAUUGGAGCUCAGAGCCUUUUGUUAAGACAGCGAACAAACUUGUUUGAAAAAUACAGUAUUGUCAUGACCCAUCCUGGCAGGCGGAUCCCAAUAGAUUUGUGGACCACCCAGCUGGAGAUGGCGGACCUCAAAUACUCAGCCUGAAAAAAUCUCUUACCAUAAAUCACUGCAGCUUAGACAACUAGCUCCUUGAGAUGAAGUUCAGCCAGAAUCCCAAAAUGUUUGUUUUUCCAUGUGUGUUUGUUUAACUGUUUCAUCGUGGAAGCCUCCAUCUGCAUUAGAAUUGAAUUAGCCCAGACAACAGUGAAAUUUCUCAGCCCAGACUAGUUAACAGAAAGGCAGGUGUUUGUGUGUUUGUUUGUUUGUUUGUUU